CCCAUGAUGCCCCGCUGUCAUGUGGGCGAAGGAAGCGGAGCCGAUGAUCAGAAGCUAGUUGCUUUACUUGAUUAAAUCCUGAUUUUAUCAAACUAACACCGCCGCUUAUUAAUUAGUAAAAAAAAAAAACCAGUGAUUAGGAAAGUUUUUACCCUUCAAACUCCGUUAACAGGUCGGACCGGCGGCGGUUGUCAAACGGGAAUCUUCUAAAAAUAAGCAGAGACAUGCAGUGAGCAGCACAGAGGAUCAACAGGGAUGGAUUUUGAACUGCCAACACACUGAGAAGACAUCUGAUGAAAAAUUACUGCAACGCUACAGAUUCCGUCAUGGAAGACAAGGCAAAUGGCUCCGUUGACACCAAAAGUCCAGUGGAGAACGGUCAGCUGCCGGACCCUUCCAACUGGGGGGUUGCAGACGUCGUCAAUUACUUCAAAGCGACGGGGUUCGAGGAGCAAGCGACGGCUUUCCAGGAUCAGGAGAUCGACGGCAAGUCUCUGCUCCUGAUGACGCGUAACGACGUCCUGACAGGGCUGUCGAUAAAGCUCGGCCCGGCGCUGAAAAUCUACGAGUACCACGUGAAGCCGCUGCAGACCCAGCACCUGAAGAGCAACGCCUCAUAGCGGCCGUUCGCCCGGCGGCCACCUCAGCGACAAUCACGGCGUCAGGAAGAGCCCGGGUCGGCCUCACCAAGACUCCUCCGCCCGCCGGCUGCGGCACCUUUAGCAGGAUUUGAAAUGUUUUUAUAAGGACGGGCUGCACACGGAGUCAGCUGUUUACCCUUUCAGCCAUUCUUAGUUCUGCUGCUUGAGAUGUUAUUAUUAUUAUUAUUAUUAUUGUUAUUGUUUGUGUGUGUUUUAUUUAAAAGAACAACAUUUUGAGGGGGAGAUACUCGGCAGGUGUGAUAUUUGUGUGCAAAGUGAAUUAACCUGUGAUGAAAAUUUAAAAAGUAUUUGUAUAUAAGAUGAUAUAUAUAGUUGUGUUGUACCCGAACACUUUGAUACGUGCCGGAAAAUUACCCCCGUUUUGCCCUUAAAUCAGUUUUUACGUUCGAAACUGCGCAUCUGAGUCGUCCUUAGCAUGUAGAGAGUUUGUUUUCCACACACAAAGGACCCAAACGAAAAGCCUCCUCAGUCCUGAACACCUUUGUUAUCCAGGCUGGAGGCUCUUGAUAUGGAAGUAUUUCUGUGUAUAUAUGUUCUUACUCUGUACCUACCUGUGGUGCUUUCAGCGUUGUCGCACAGACAGCUGUUCUGAAGUGUGUCUGACCAAUGUAAAUGUGCAACAAAACACUGGAGUUUGAAUAUCAGAAUCAAGACGUUUGCAAUAAACGGUGCUCUUUUCUCACCAAAGAACAA